CACAACACCAAAACAAUCGAUCUUUGCUGCCGCUCGCAGUUAAAAAACAUCUCAAUGGUUGCAUAAAAAUCCAGUUCGCAUUUCCCGUAUACAGAAAACCGCGAUUUGUGUUCACUAAAAUGAACCUCCUAAAAAGCUCGAUUAGAUUGCUCCAGCUCACUCCCGGCAACAGCUUCCGCCGGUCGAUUCACCUGACCGCAGCCUGCUCCAAAUCACAAUCGGGCCGGUACAAAAUCACAACCCGCGGGGAUCGGCCGCUAACCUACGAGAUGGCCAACCCACCCCAUCUGAUUGGCCACCGCAAGGCUUGGAACUCGUGGAAUACCUCCAAUCUGCAGGAUGAACUGCGCCCGUCGCAAACGAUGCUGGAGGACGACUUCAUUCGGCGCUUCAUGACCGGCACCUGGCACGGGCUGGUCCUGUCCGAGGUGAUCAUCAAGCGGCAGCACAACCACGUCCGGGUCGCGGCCAUCCUGAGGCGGGGCAUCACGGCCCGCAAGAUGUACUUCCUGAUCGGUUACUGCGAGGAGCUGCUGGCCAACUGGCUGCAGUGUCCAGUGACGCUGGAGCUGCAAACCACCGACGACCGGAAGGACGUCAUCUUUAAGUACAUCUAGUCGCUAAGGUGAGGCGUGUUACGGAUAAGGUACCUCCUUCCUUAUACGUUUGAUUGUAGUAUAAUGAUUUGAAUUAACAACACAAA